AACAUGCGCGCCUGUCACGUGAUCAGUUAUAUGACUUCCAUGACGAUGAGCGAUAUUCGUUAUUUCCUUGAUGACGGUGACAUAAAAAUCGAACAAUCAGCAUAAUCGAAUCUCAAAUAUUCGCGUUUCAAUAACGAAUAGAAGUCGCGUGCUCGCAAGUGCACAGGAGCCAAGGGACAAGCAAAAGCCUUUGUGGCUGUGACGUUCGCCAUCUUGGCAUGGCGUCAACCAAAAAGCGUCAACUGAUGUAAAACCACCGGUCAUUCCAAGCUAUGGUCACUUUUACGUGUUGUUGCAGCUCUCAAAUUAUGAAUUGUUUCAAAUGUUGACAAGCUGAGAUGCCUGAUUUGUAAAUCUUCUUCGUGCGAUUGCAAAAGACUGAUUGUUAACUGAUCACUUAACUGAACUGCAAAAAUGAAGUUGAAGAAGAUAUUGGAUACUAGCUUUACUCUACAGCCCAAGGAACCGAAUCAAAAACUUGAGAUUUACAAAUGUAAAUACUGUGGACAGACUUAUGCACGCCACAUAACUCGUAUGAGCAUUCAUUUGCUCAAAUGCAGCGGUUGCCCAGGCGCAGUGAGAGAAUUGCUAGAAGAAAAAGUCAAAGGAAAAAUUUUGGAAUCAUCCAAACAUGGAUUCAACAAAAAAGGACAAGUUAGGAAUUUGAAGAAGAUUUUAGAAGAAAACUUUCUUCUGCAGCCUCGAGAUGGAACUCAAAAGCUGGACAUCUUCAAAUGUAAACACUGCGAGCAAAGGUAUGCUCGCAACGCAUCGAGAAUGAGUCUCCAUUUACAAAAGUGCCAAGACUGUCCAGAUGAAGUCAAAGAAUCGCUUGAAAUGAAUGUCAAAGGAAAUAUUGUACACAAAGUGUCUAGGAAGUUAAUCCCAAAAAAAUUAUUGGAAAGCAGUUUUAUUUUGCAGCCAAAGGAACCUAAUCAAAAGCUCCAAACUUUCAAAUGCAAAUACUGUGGACAGAUAUAUGCCAGGCAUUCAACUAGAAUGAGUAUGCACUUACAAAAGUGCAUAGGUUGUCCAGGAUCUAUUAAAGAAUCAUUAAUAGAGAAAUCAAAGUUCAGGCGAAUUAAUAUGAAAAGGAGAAAUUCAGAAAGUGAAGAUAUUGUGAGCGAUGACGACCAUAAUGCGUCGAUGAUGCAGAUGACUUCAGACAACAUGUUCUACAAUGAGACUACUGCUGAAAGUAAUUAUAUUGACAAAAUGACCAAGCAAAGGCAAAAGUAUUGUGAAGAACUUCUGGCAAAAGCAAUUUAUGCUUCUAACGCACCUGUCAGUAUUGUAGAUAAUGAACAUUGGCGCACAUUGCUUAAUACCUUGAGUCCAGCCUUUCAGUUGCCAACUCAGCAUCAAUUAUCAACUACUUUACUUGAAGCGACGUACGAAAGUGUCAAAAAGAGCGUUGAUCAAAAAGUCAGGGAUGCCAUAUCAAUAGGGUUGCAAUGCAGUUAUAGGUCAAAUGCUCGAAAUGAAGGUAUCAUACACUUUGUGUUAAAUACACCAGAUCCCGUACUCUACAAGUCCAUUUCUUUGUCAACAAAUGUAGAGGAUGAAAAUUUGUACAUGGAAAAAAUAAGUGAGGUCAUCGAUGAAGUUGGUGCUGAUAGGGUAUUAGGUGUUUGCUUAGAUAGCAUAUCUACUUGUGAGAAUCUUUGGGAAUUAUUGCAGCAAAAAUAUGAAGAACAUAACAUUGCAUUUUAUAAUUGUUCAUCUCAAACUUUGAACAGGCUACUAAAGGAUAUAUCGGAUCUACCUACUGUCAGUGUCUUAUUGAAAAAUGCUUCAACAGUCAUCAAAGAAAUAAAACAAUCUCAUAUCUUAUCUGCUUUGUUUAGUGAAGCACAAAAGGCAAACGCUGAAAAAGAUCAGUCCAUAGUUUCUCUUAAAUUGCCAGGAACAAAUAGAUGGAAUUCUUUAGUAUGUUUUGAUAGUUUAAUUGAGAACAAAGAAAAUAUACAGAUGCUAGCUUUUUCAAGUAAAGCUGACAAGUACAUAAAUAAAUUAACAAAAGAGCUAAUCGCAGAUGAAGAGUUUUGGACUAAAGUAAGCAGCUAUGUUAAACUUGUCAGGCCAAUCAUAAAAUGGAUAGCACAUCUAGAUGAUGAGGAAGCCAAAAUCAGUGAAGUCCCUGAAGUCUUUGCAGAUCUGGAACAGCAUUUCAUCACAGAAUUUCAAGAAUCAUCACUUGUGCUCAUAACGUUGGAAGAAUCGAAUCAGAUUCUAAAAAGAUUUAAAACACUUGCCUCUGCUGUUCUUCAACCUAUUCACUUUGCAGCCAAUAUUUUGAAUCCAAUAUUCAAAGGUGAACAUCUAAGUCCAGGUGAAUUUGCACAGGGAACAGAAAUAAUCAGCAAAUUAUCUGCAAAAUUUGGAAUGCCAGAGGAUGAUAUAUUGGUUGAUUUUGCCAAUUAUAAUUCUUGUAAAGGGGUAUGGAGUGUGAAUUUUGCAAAAAAAUCCAUGGCGUUGAUGCCUCCAUCGACCUGGUGGAAAGGAUUUUUCAAAAACUCAUUUCUAACAAAAAUAGCAGCAGCUAUUUUAGAUCUACCUAGUACAUCUCUAGCAACAACUGAUAGACCUACUAAAAGGAAUUCCUUGAAAGAUGAUCCUACUGGAAAAAUCAUGUACAUAAAUCAAAAUCUUAGACUGUUAGAUCCUAAGCGAAAUGAUAAAAAUAACAAAUGCCAAGAUCCUGAAGAAACUCAAGAAAAGAUUGAUGAUGACUUGAUUAUGGAAGAUAUGGAAGUUUAUAAUGAAGAGAUUGAGGAAGUUCUUGUUGAAGAUCCAGAAGAAACCAUGGAAGAAAGUGAAGAAAUCACUGGAGAUUCUGAAGACAUUCGUGAAGAAAAUGGUGAAGAGCAAAAUGCAGGAUUAUAUAUUCAAAUUGUAAAUGAUGCAGGCGAAACGUUUUAUGUACAGCAAAGUAGUGUUCAACUUUAAAAUAGUUUCAUGAUAUAAUAUAACAAUUCGUAAAAUUAAGAUUUUUUUAACACUCACCUUAUCAUUCAUAAUUUUA